AUGCAACCAGGCGUUGCUCCGUGGAAGAAUGCCGAAGUGACAACCGCACGGCUGGCGUCUCGCUGCACCGGUUUCCUGUCGACACUCGAAGGCGUGAAGCAUGGGUUCGGUUCUCCAACAACCGGGGCCUACAGUGGAAGACUCCAUGGCAGCUACGAAACAUGGUUGUUUGCUCUUUACAUUUCAAGGCGUCAGCUUUCCUGCGGCCUGGAUACCUACGCCACAAUGCAGUGCCGACUGUGCUUGCCCCUGAAGAAACGACACGUGGCGAAGUUUCAAGCGAGAGCUGUACAGUUUCUGCAGUGGCAAAUGGAAGGAGUUCUCCAGCCCCACCGACCUACCGAUACCCGGGCCGCUCGGACUCCCAGAGUUCCUGUGGCAUUCCUGACGACCAGUCUUCCGAAAUGGAACUGUCCUUAGAAGAAGGGAGGAGUUCUCUAUCUUCAUCG